UUUUUAAAGCGACAGGGUGUCUAGACGCCCACGUGACGGGCCGCGCCACUGCCUACUGGAGACUGAGAGACACAGAGGAGGGGGGAGAGAAGGAGAGACAGGGGAGGGAGAGACAGCCUAGGGGAGAGAGACAGCCUGUGAGAAGGAGAGACAGCCGGGGAGAGAGAGUAGAAAGACAGCCUGUUAGAAGGAGAGACCGCCGGGGAGAGGAGAGACGGGAGGGAGAGAGACAGUCGGGGAGACAUCCUGGAGAGAGAGUGAGCAUGGGGGAGAGAGACAGCCGGGGAGAGAGACAGCCUGUGAGGAGAGACAGGGAGAGAGAGAGAGUAGGGGGAGAGACAGGGGGAAGAGACAGCUGGGGACAGAGAGAGAUUAUGGAGGAGAGAGACAGCCGGGGAAAAGAAGAGACAGUCUAGGGGAGAGAGACAGCCUGUGAAAAGGAGCGACAGGGAGAGAGACAGAGUAGGGGGAAGAGACAGCUGGGGACAGAGAGACAGCCUGUAAGAAGGAGAGACAUGGAGAAAGACAGCCUGUAAGUAGGAGAGAGAGAUGUGGGGAGAGGAGGAGGGUGAGUGACAAGCAGGAGCUGUAGAUUAGUCAGUGAGUGUGAGCUCUGUGGCACAGGCUGCUCCGGUUUAUCGGAGGGUUCCCAGCACUAAGCGCUUCCCCUGCUUCUGCUGCUGUUGGUUGGGGUCGGAGACUCCUCCUGUGACUUUCCCCCACCCGCCCCUCAUUUGAUGUGACAUUUGCAUAAAACAGCCGGGGGCGGAGCCGCGUUUAGAGAAGGAGGAAAAGACAAGUCCCAGUUUAUUUUUCCCCCUCGCUCCUACUGAGCGGCCGGAUGAACGAUUUUUCCCUGUGGAUUAAACGAGGCGCAGCCAGAGCUUCAGUCCGGGACCCGCAGCGCCUGUAACGGAUUAUUUGUCGCUUCUAUUGGCCGCGCUGACCCCUCGCACAGGCAGCGACCCCCCAGUUCUAUCGCUUUCCCCGCAGUCAGGAGCGCGCACCCCACUUUGGAUGUAGCAGUUCUGGGGGGACCCUGAUUUCCCACGUGGAGAUUAAAUGUCCUUGAGAUCUCGGUGCAGAUUGAGCCCGGGGGCUUCUCUCGGCUGCACCCAAUGCCCGGGAGCCGCUGAGCCUUAUUAUUAUCAUUAAUAUCAUUAUUAUUAUUAUUAUUCCCCGUACACUUUGCAGCAGGAUCUCUUCCCAUAAAAGACUGGCGCAUGUUCCAGAUCGCAUUGGUUUGUCGGAUCCUCAGCUCCCCCCGACCCUCCCGACCCCUCCGGGCUGUUGCUGCUGGUCUCUGUCCGGCCUCGGAUCCAGGAUUCUUCAUGAUUUGCGGGCGACAUGCACGUUUUUUAGCCGGGAAGCCUUGCUCUCGUCCCGCAUGUUCAGGACCAAACGAUCGGUGCUCGUCCGGCGACUCUGGAGGAGCCGAGCUCCCGGGGAGAACGGGGAAGGGGAAGGCGGGGAGAGGGCGCAUGGAGCCGGCGGCUGCUGUCUGGGCAAAUCGGCGAAUAAGGUGCCCGGGAAGGCGCUGGUGGGCUCGGAGGCUGCAGAACUGAAAGCGCUCGCCCAUUGUGUUCUGAAGAAGCUGAAGGAGAAGCAACUGGAGGGGCUGCUGCAGGCGGUGGAGUGUAAAGGGGGAGCCCGCAGCCCCUGUCUCCUGUUACCCGCGGCCAAGCUGGACUCCAGGCUCGGGCAACAAGCCUUCUCUCUGCCGCUGCUCCUCUGCAAGGUCUUCAGGUGGCCGGAUCUCAGGCACUCGUCCGACGUCAAGCGACUUAGUUGCUGCGACUCCUAUGGCAAGAACAACCCGGAGCUGCUCUGUUGCAACCCCCACCAUCUCAGCAGACUGUGCGAGCUAGAAUCUCCCCCACCUCCCUACACCAGAUACCCCAUGGACUUCCUCAAACCCACUGCGGAUCCCCCAGACUCUGUCCCUUCCUCCACAGAAACAGGGGGAACAAAUUAUUUGGCCCCUGAGGGGCUUUCAGAUUCCCAACUUCUUCACGAGACUGGUGACCCGUCCCACUGGUGCGUGGUGGCGUAUUGGGAAGAGAAAACGAGGGUGGGUCGCUUAUAUUCUGUCCAAGAGCCCUCCCUGGAUAUCUUCUAUGAUCUACCUCAAGGGAACGGCUUCUGCCUUGGGCAGUUGAACUCGGACAAUAAAAGUCAGCUGGUGCAGAAGGUCCGCAGCAAAAUCGGCUACGGCAUCCAGCUGACCAAGGAAGUGGACGGCAUCUGGGUCUACAACCGCAGCAGUUACCCCAUCUUCAUCAAGUCGGCCACACUGGACAACCCAGACUCUAGGACGUUAUUGGUCCAUAAAGUAUUCCCUGGAUUUUCCAUCAAAGUGUUUGACUAUGAGAAGGCUUACAGUCUGCAGAGACCUAAUGACCACGAGUUCAUGCAACAACCAUGGACCGGAUUUACUGUACAGAUAAGCUUCGUCAAAGGCUGGGGCCAAUGUUACACGAGACAGUUUAUCAGCAGUUGCCCGUGUUGGCUGGAGGUGAUAUUUAAUAACCGGUGACUUGGACAUCUGGACUCUCAACUACUUUGCUGCUAAUAUUUCCUCCUGAGUUCUUGCUUCUUCACGCCGACUUUCUCUUGUUUUUACCUUUUAAUUGUUCGUUUUGAGAAAUAGCUUAUGUCAAGAAUGAUCUUUUCUUGUUUUUUUUCUAUUCUUCCCCGUGUGAAUGACUUCAGGCCGAGCUUUGCCCCCGGGUAGGGGACGGGUGCUCGGGCAACGCGUGGCGUGUGCUUGUAAUAAUGUUAUUUUUGGGUGGGUAUCGACCGCUUUCUUGUGCAAUGAACAGAAGAUAUUUUUGACGGUGGGUGGGGGGAGGAGCUUAGGACUGGGCUGAGUGAUGCAGAAUUAAAUUCAGUAUUUUUUUAUGUUUGCAUAUGGGUGACCACUGCUACGCCUCCCAUCUCCUAAUUACGGGCAACAGCUGCCUGGCACCAUUAUCAAGUAUUCUGGGCGACUUUAAAGCAACAUCUUAGAUGCUUUUAUUGGCUUGUCCAUUGCAGGGAUAACAGGGAAAGGAUGCUGAUGCUGUUGCUAGGCGACAACAAGGACAAUACUAAUAAUAAUAAAGGCACCUUAGAUUGCUGCGCUACUAUUUCUGCUGUCCUAUAGCGAAACGAGCACUGCAGACUCUUCAGACCAAUGUCUUUUAUUCACGACUGGUAAUUAUACAUUUCACGCAGCUCCACUCCUGACAAAGCUCCUCCGAGGUUUUGCAGUGAUCUGUCGUCCUAUGUCCCGAUAAAGACCAAACCAAUAAAAAAAAAACUGCCAUAUUGUUACCUGCCCCCCCCCCC